AUGGACCACCUAUCAAAGAUAGCAUUCCCUUAUUACCAGGUUUCAAAGGCGAAUGUUCUGCUCAAUAAAUUGUUUUUCACUGGCCAGGACGAUGCAGAAAGUAUAAGAGUUUCUCUUCGCGAGGAUAAACUGGUGGGGGAGAUUUGUCACCAGCGACUGGAGAGUCAUGAAGCCAUCAGCUACAUUGAAAACGUGGAUGAGAGUGAAAAGUCAACUUAUCCUUUGCUUAUAAAAGUUGACCCACACCUCAACAAGUUCAAACUUCAUGUUUCAAUCAAAACGACGGCAGGGUUUCGUGACAGAAAUUUAUUGAUUGUCAAAUCUUCCGGGGUUAAUGACGUGUCUACGUUGCGAGAGUUGGCAAGUGAUGCAACUGGGUCCACAAUUGAUGUUUCAAAAUUGAUGUGCAAAAACUUGCCAAUCGAAGAUAGUGUUUCUGAGUUUCAAAAGUUGAUCAUCAAUGAUUCUUUUGAUUCCACGACGAUGAAUGACAAAAAGAUAUCCAUAUCCUUAUGGGAACACGAUCCCAGUUCAGAGGAGUAUUCCUACCUUCUUCAUUUCAGCGUAUGGGUGAACAAGCUUGCAACCGUCAAAGAUCACAAAGAAGAAACAAAUACAACUACAACCCCACAAACAAAGCCUGAAUCCAAGAGCUUUAGUUUAGGUGAUUUUAGAAGAGAAUUUAGUUUCAGUAUCGAAGAUGGACCAGAAUUUAGAAAACAUUUAAGCAGCUUAGAGGAGUCUAUUCCCAAAAUGCGUGGAAAUUACUUGAAUUUGAUAGAGGACUUUCGGGUAUUGGAAUCAAGUAUGAGGCGAGUGGCAAGCACGAAGUCGAAAAUUGUAGAGGGGAUAAACCGUGUUGUUGGCUUCAACUCACAACUUAUCGAGGCAUUUGGAUUCAAGCAAGAUUUCCAGCGCGCCUUCGUACGAUUAUUCGAGCCAUUCGAGAAAAAUCUCGGCUUCUUUUUUGAUCAAGUUUGCGAUAGUAAAGCCCUCACAAAAGUUAUAGACAAUGUUCCUUUAUCACAAUUGGAAACCACAAGCCAGUCCGAGCUUUUACAAAUCAAGAAACAAUUUGAAGCAGAUUCUAAGGAGUAUUACGCAUGGAUGAAUAAAUAUUUGGCCAACGAGAAAGAGAGACCGGACUCUAAGCUCUUGUCCAAAAGGAAAAAGUUUGAACUCUCAAAGUUUGAUUAUUUGAACCAACUCAGCAAGAUUUCCAAUAACCAAUACGCCAAUAAUUUAGCGGAAAAGCUCUUCAAAUUCAUGAAUUUACCCUACAACAAGUCGCACCCGAAGUUGAUGAAUUUUGCCAUGUUUUCAGAUAGCGCCAACUUUGAUUUGAUUUCACCCAAUUACCAAAUUUACUUAUUUGCCUUGACACGAUUUAACAGUGAAAAGUAUCAGUUGAGACAAAAAAUUGAAGCUUGUCAAUCCAACGAAGAAUUAACAAAUUUGAUACGACAUAACAGCCUCAGUUAUUCUGGUUCCAAAAUUUCCACCAGUUCCCAUGAUGAUAAUAUAGACGAGUUUAUGAUUACAACGGAUAACUUUGACUUGAUAUUUGCCGAUGUGCGUCCACCAAACGAGUCCCAAACUGGUGAUUCAGACAAGUCGGGUAUUCUUUUUGUGCUUAGUGGUCAAAAGAAUUCCAGUUGGCAUAAAGAGUGGGUUGUUCUUAAGGAUGGGCAGUUGACGGAGUACUCCGAUUGGCGCAAAGGAAAGUCACCCAUAAGUGCUCCGAUUGAAAUUGCAUUGUCUAGUGUUAAAGUUGUCAAUUACCACAAAAGACAAUACUGCUUUGAGAUUUUGACAUCGUCAGGGGUAAGACAUGUAUUUCAGGCCUUUGACAAUGAUGAUAGAAACAAGUGGGUCAAGGCACUACACAAUGCUGGUCAGCUCGUAGACACAAAAAGAUUAGAGCAAAGGUUCGGCACUACGCAAAAGAAGGGUAAGAAGAGUCUAGGGAAAGUACUCACAGAUUUCACUACUAAACCGAUUAUUCCUGGAGACAGCUAUGACAAAAGUGUGUCACCUGUAUCAAUUGUUUCUCGAGAUUUAUUUGCAGAAUCUUCUCAUUUGAGUUUGGUGAGAAACAUACCUGACAGUGACAAUGAUAUGUGUAUCGAUUGCAGACUGACAGAGCUGGUUGAGUGGGUUUCCAUAAACUCCUUGAUUUGCAUGUGCGUGAAUUGCGCAUCAUGCCAUCGAAAUAUUGGGUCGCAUAUCAGCAAGGUCCGGUCGUUGACUCUUGACAACUUUUCAAAGGAGACGGAGAUGUUAUUGAGAUUUGUCAAUAACAGACGAAUUAACGAAUUUAUGGAAGAAAACUUAUCGGGUCCACGAAUUAAUGCAAAUACUGGUCAUGAAGCAAGAUUAAAUUUUAUUAGAAACAAGUAUUACAAGAAGAAAUAUUUAGUGGUAUUACCGGAUGUGAAUAAUUUGUUGAUCAAAUCAAUUCAACAAAUACAAGUACACGAUGUUAUAAAAGCAAUUUUAUGUGGGGCCGACGUCAACCUAAACAUUCAAAUAAAACCAUCAAACAAAGAAGAGAAUACCGUGGUUUCCAUAUUUGAGUACAGCUUGCGAAAGUUCAUGGAGGUUGAUACUGAUGAUGCCAAAGUGAAAUAUUUUGUUCUCUCGGAGCUUUUAGUGCUGAAUGGCUGCACCAAUCUUGGGUCUCCAAAAUCUCCCAACGCUAAUGUGGGUUUAUCAACGGAGGCUAUUGAGUACUGGAAGAUGAAGUGCGUUACUUUGAAUGGUUUUAGUUAA